AUGGAAGCUCAACUAAUGACUUUAAUAUCAACAGAGCGUCAGUACUAUUUUAGUACAUUUUCUGAAGAAAAACUAUUAUGUAAAGGAGAUUUAAAAGCAAUUAGUUUUUUAACACCAAUCUCUAAAAAGCAGCAUCAAGAAUUAGAAAGAAAAUAUCUUUGCCAAAUGCAUUACAACCAUGAAAUAAAAAGUAAAGAUGUGCUUAUUAAUUUACCUGCUCGAUUUUAUAGAAUAUUAAAACUUGAUUCAACCACCAAGAUAUGUCAUAGAUGUAUAAGGUUUACAGAUAAUGAUCCAGAUUAUACUACAAAUAAAGAUUAUAUUCAGACUAAACAAGUUUCUCAAAAACAAAAUAUAAACAAACCAAUCUGGAAUGUCAAACCUUUUCAAAAUUUAAGCAAGUCAAUGAAAUAUAAGCAAUAUAAAAAAACUGCAGCUUCUUUUUCAGAAAUUUUUUACAAUGAAGUACAAUCAAUAUCUUAUUCAAGUGAUCAAAUAGUUUUAAACAAAAUAAUAUUUUCAGUAAAUAAUCAACAGUUUUGCAUUACAUAUAAUGAUAAUCAGCAAAAUAAAAACUUAAAAAAGCUAGCUAUUGUAUGUGCAAUGGAUGAACAACAUAUUUCUCGUGAUGCAUAUCGGGCUAUUACAAAAAUUAAACAAGAUUUAUCUAAAGAAUGG